GGACAGAGAAGUGAAGGAAAACCGACACACGGGACUCAUUUCCCCCGAGUGCUUCUGACUGAGAGACGCCAGCAGACUUCAGGUGCUAGCAUGACAGAAAACAUCAGCGACGAGGAGCUGGAGUUGAUCAGGGAAUCCUUCAAAAAAAUUGAUGUGAAUGAAAGCGGGGCCAUCAGUCCUUCUGAACUCAGUGCCGUCUUCCGUGAGGCGGGAUGUGCUAUGCCUGGCUGCAGAAUCAGGGAAUUAUUGGAGAAGCUGGACCGAGACAAGACCAAUGACAUCAGCUUUGAUGAGUUCAAAGCUAUUUACAAGGAGUUAAAGGAUGACUCCACGAUCCAGGCCUUCAAGAAAGCCAUCAACAAGAGGAAGGGUGUCAUCGCCAUCGGGGGUACCAGUGCCGUCUCCUGUGAAGGAACUCAGCAUUCAGUCUCUGAGCACGAGCAGGUUGCCUUCGCUAACUACAUCAACACUUGUCUGGAGAGUGAUGGAGACUGCAAAGGUCGUCUUCCCAUCAAGCCCGCUGAUCUGUUUGCUGCAGUUGGAGACGGGAUUUUGCUUUGUAAACUCAUCAACAUCUCUGUUCCUGACACUAUUGAUGAGAGAACCAUCAAUAAAAAGAAUCUUACAUGCUUCACCACACAGGAAAAUUUAAACUUGGCUCUGAAUUCAGCAUCAGCCAUCGGCUGCCAAGUCGUUAAUAUUGGAGCUGGAGAUCUGAAAGAAGGAAAACCUCAUCUGGUGCUAGGACUCCUCUGGCAGAUUAUCAAGAUAGGACUGUUUGCUAAUAUAGAACUGAGCCGCAAUGAAGCAUUAGCUGCGCUGCUUCAGGAAGGGGAAAGUCUGGAAGAUUUGAUGAAACUCAGUCCUGAGGAGCUCCUGCUGCGCUGGGUCAACUUUCAUUUACAGAAAGCUGGCAGCAAAACCAUUUCCAACUUUUCUGGUGAUAUUAAGGACUCUGAGGCAUACUUCUACCUGUUGCAGCAGAUCGCUCCAGACGGCAGCAAAGAGGACGUCCUGCAGAUAGAGAUCGAUAUGGACGGCCUGUAUGAAAAGGAUCUGAUGAAGCGAGCAGAGAGCAUGCUGGAGCAGGCCGACCGUCUUGGCUGCCGGCAGUUUGUGACUGCUGGUGAUGUCGUUCGUGGAAAUUCAAAGCUCAACUUGGCCUUCGUAGCCACACUUUUUAACAAAUACCCUGCACUCAACAAACCUGAGAACCAAGAUUGGAUUUUGAAGAGUGAGACCAGAGAGGAGAGAACAUUUAGAAAUUGGAUGAAUUCUCUUGGAGCCUGUCCACGUGUUCACUAUAUGUACAGUGACCUGCAGGAUGCCAUGGUGAUUCUCCAGCUGUAUGAAAAGAUUAAAGUGCCAGUGGAAUGGGACAGAGUCAACCACCCUCCAUUUAAAUCAACAGUGAAACAUUUAAAAAAGUCUGAAAACUGCAGCUAUGCCGUGGACCUGGGAAAGAAAAAAGCAGGUUUCUCUUUGGUGGGAAUCGGAGGUCAGGACCUGAGCGAGGGAAAUCCAACUCUCACCCUGGCACUGGUCUGGCAGCUGAUGAGGAGGUAUACUUUGAAUAUUCUUGAAGAUCUUGGAGAGGGAGAGGUGGCUGGUGAUGAUUUGAUUAUUAAAUGGGUCAACAAGACGUUGAAAGAGGCGGCGAAGAGUUCAUCAAUUAAAAGCUUCAAGGACAAAGAGAUCAGUACCAGUCUUCCUGUUUUGGACCUGAUUGAUGCCCUCAAACCAGACAGUGUCAACUUUGACUUGGUUAAAACAGGAAGUCUGUCUGAAGAGGACAAGCUGGACAAUGCCAAGUACGCCAUUUCCAUGGCGAGGAAGAUCGGCGCCAAAGUCUACGCCCUGCCUGAAGACUUGGUCGAGGUCAACCCUAAAAUGGUGAUGACCAUCUUCGCCUGCCUGAUGGGGAGGGGCAUGAAAAAGGCUUAGAGGAAACAUACACACACACCCACACAGCGGUUCUGUCGGCCACUUUAUUCCUCUUCUUUGCUCUAAGUUUGUGAUGUGAAAAUAACUCUGGUCUUCUUAGCAGAACCGGUUUCACUUGGAAGGUCUUGGGGUAAAAAUGUACGGCUGUGCCCCCCAUUUACACCAUGGCCACCACAUCCCCAUCUCUGAGGAUGGAGUAUGCCACCUUUUAUGCCAAAGAGCUCAUCAAGUUGUGUAUUUUUGAGCGUGAUUCCGGACAGAAGCCACCUUGUUCUUCCUGGCUCCAGGUUGUCACGUAGCCUGAAGUAAUUCGUUUUUAGAAAUAUUAUGUGGGAAGUCGCGCCAUGUGAGCAGAGUGUCAUCGCAGGAUUCAGAGAGCGAACACCAGGACACUCAGGAACCAUUUGUCUUUAUGUUGCACUCUGGUGGUGCAAACACAUCUUCAAAUAAUUAAGUUAGAUGUAAUCUGGAGUUCUGUUUCUGUGGCAACACUUCACUUGUGUUUUGGUGUUCAUGGAGGUUGAAUUUUUUUUCUGAAUUACUUGCAUUCCACCAAUGUACUUCAGAGCAACCUAAUUUGUAUGCUAAUAGCAUGGCCCAUUAGCUUCAUAGCGUCAUAAUUCUAGGCUAUGCUAACAUGAUGUUUACAGUAUUAAGAACCAAAAACAAUCAAAUGAGCAAGUUGUUUGCAAACAAUAGCAAGUUUU